AUUCUCUAAGAAUUCACAAUGACGGCCCUAUACACUUUCGUUUUUGCUUGUUUACUUGGAUUCUCUGCUUGUCAUGAGGCGGGAGACGUAUCUUGCUCUCCUGUGACCUUUGACUUUGCACACGUAGACACCUCCAAACUCUUUAGCACCUACAACAGCUACUACGGCGUUCAUGAGAAAUCCUUCUUUACCAAGGAAAGAGGGUUCAUUGGAAAGGUCGUUGACGGUGAGGAAGGGAUUUGGGAGGCAGCUCUUGACGAGGCAUCUCCACUUGUUAGUGUCUUUUACAAGCAUGGAUUCUCCGUUCUUCUCGUCGUCUAUGUAAAGUCUGAGGGUGAGGUGUACGUCAUAUACUACAAGAAGAAGGCCAACGGAUGGAUCCUUAUCUGCAAGGAAGCCUUUGAGGCCGCCCUCGAUGCCAUGAAACAUGACGAUGCAUCAUUCGAAGACGAGGUUCCAGUACAGGUUGCCGGAAAGUACAUUAUAAACAUCAUGACCAACCUCUCUGAUUCUCGCGUAAAUGUCACCAGACCAACUGAAGACAACCCAUUCAUGGUCGUUAGGCCAGCCUCUGGAUUCCUUGCUCCAAAGGUCAUGGAAGGAACUAGCACCAUCUGGGAAAGUAAGGACGGAGAAGGCUGUGAAGCAGUCUACUUCCUCACCAAGGACAAAAAGGUAGUUUUAGCUCAACUCUCUAUCAAGGCCGAGGACGGAAGUAGCACUCUGUGCUUUGAAAAGACCGACGACUGGGCAGAAAUUUCACACGAGGAGUACGAAGCCAAGGUCGAUGAGAUUGUCGAAGUUAUGAAGGUCCCAUCCGAUGAGGAUUCAUUCCUCACAAACUCUUUCUCACUGCUCCUCGCUGCCAUAUUUACCGUGGCACUCUUUUAAUCAUUUUACAGACU